AUGGCUCGUCACGCAACAAUCACCCAGUCAUACCAAGAGCGCGCCUCGCUGCCCAAGACAUCACCUGUGGCCUCUUAUCUCUUGCGAUUGAUCGCCGCAAAGCAGACAAACCUGUGUGUGUCGGCAGAUGUAAACACGACAAGAGAGCUCUUGCAGCUCGCCGAAGAGGUCGGCGACUCAAUAUGCAUGCUCAAGACACACGCAGACAUUAUCAAUGACUUUGGCCCUCGCACCAUCCAAGGCCUGAAAGAAAUCGCCGCCAAAAACACUUCCUCGUUUUUGAGGACCGCAAGUUUGGCGACAUUGGCAAAGCAGUUCACCGCUGGCCCUUUGCAAAUCGUCCGCUGGGCCAACAUCAUCAAUGCUCACAUCUUUCCUGGCCCUGCCAUCAUCACCGCUCUCUCGCAAGCUGCUCACGACGCCGUUACCUCGCUGAAUACCGCCGUGACCACUUCCAUCUCAGCUUCUCCCGUUCCUUCGUACAUGGACGACAGUGAUGAGGCUGACUCUCCUGCCUUGUCUCACCACGAAGAUUCAGAUGACCUUGACAGGCUUUCCAGCGAUGAAGACACCAACCAGCUGUCUACAUACAACGACCCUACCGGUCGCAAGCCCAGUGUCGUUUCAGUCUCUACCACCAUCAGCACAAAGACAGAAAGCAUUUCACCCCAGCCCACACCAAACCACCUUGGUGGUCCUUCCGACUCCAUCUCGGCCAUCAGUGCAGGCUCGGCUAGUGAAGAAUCCUCUGCUUUGGCCCGCCUCGGCGAACCCCCUCCUUCGAAGCUUGCUCAUUCUUGCAGAGAUGAGCAGCGCGGGUAA